CUAUUUCAUUGUUAUUUUGAUAAAACGUGAAAUACCUGAUUAUACAGAAACAAUGGGGAUAAUGCAUGACGGCCUGGUAUUGUUGGCGUUUCUGCCUCUGCAAAUUGAACGGGGGUUAAUCGUUAUAAUAGGCUGUUUUUUCUUAACUAUCUACUUUUUUCCGAUGGGAUUAGUAUCUCUAUACUGAGCGCGCCUGAGAAAUAAGCAGACCUUUUUUCGUCGCAAAAUAACGGACCUGCAAGAACAGCUUCAAACCGGUUGCUCUUCCAGCAACCAAGCUGCGCCGACUGUAGUCGAUGGUUGCCGAACUGAAACGUGAACAAGGAUCCUAAAAUUAACAUGCAUGCGUAAAUUUCCAUAUGAUGAAAUUGUCUGCGUUUAUUUAUAAUCAUAGAGUUCUGUUUCCCUGAGAAUCAUUAUGACGAGGAAGUGUUCAUGUAAUUGGUUAGAAUGAGCAUUGGUAUCCUAACCCACCUACGGCAUUGGCUAUCAGGUGUCCCAGUGUUAAUGUCAUUGUUGCAUUUGUUUUGUGUUAUUUAAAAAAAGAAAACAACAACAUUGAACAGCCUGUUAGAAUAUGUUCCGCAUCUCCGUUUGUGCGUUAUUGAUGGGUUGGGCAGCGGGCUUUUCGUGCGAUAUGAAAACAGUUUAAUUGUUACGAUUAAACUGUGUAGAACUCUACUGGGGGGGAUGGCUGUAAGAUUUCGGUGGACACAGAUGUGGUAUUUUAGAAUGGGAAUAUGGGCCAAAUUUAGCUUAACGCCGUAAAUCGGAGCAUCUGAGGCUUGGGCGCAUCUAAAACGCUACAGAUACCAGCCCACUGCACGGCCCAUUAGCCUACUGACGCAGUUAAAGGAAAAACACGCCGAAACGUGUAUGGUAGUGUAUGCAGUUAUCUGUCCGGUUCUUAAAUUAUCGCUUUCGGGGAGGUGUCAUGUCUGUCUAAAUAACGAGGCGCAGGAAAAGCCGUUGCCUGACUGGCGGGAGUUAUAGCCGAUGGGCGAGACAGGUCAGACCUGAUUAAUGAAGUUUUCCCUUGAGCAUCAAUAAGAUGAAACAGGAUGUGCUCGCAGACGCAGGACAAGGCCCCGGACGGAGGCUGGGGCUGGGUGAUUGUGGCGGCCUCCUUCGCCAGCCAUUUCCUGGCCUACGGCUCGCCCCAGUCCGUGGGCGUGCUCUACCCGGAGUGGCUCGCCACCUUCCACGAGGGCAAGGGGCUGACCGCCUGGGUCGGGUCCGUCACCUGGGGGGCCGGACUGAUCGCGAGUCCCGUAUGCAGCGCCUGUGUGGUUAAUUUCGGCGCCCGUCCCGUGACGGUCUUCAGUGGCGUCAUGGUGGCGGGGGGGAUGAUGCUCAGCGCCUUCGCCCCCAGCGUGCAGUUCCUCAUCUUCUCCUACGGCACGGUCGUCGGGCUCGGGUGUGGGCUGGUCUACACCGCGACCGUGACCAUCACCUGCCAGUAUUUUGACAAGAGGCGUGGCCUCGCCCUCGGCAUCGUGUCGACAGGGACGAGUUUGGGCGGCUUCCUGUACGCCACCGGUCAGAACAAGCUGGUGGAGCUGUACGGGCUGGAGGGCUGCCUGCUCAUCGUCGGCGCCGUCUCGCUCAACCUGAUGGCCUGCGCCGGGCUGCUGAGGCCGCUGCACCCGCCGGGGUACUACCUCCGCCAGAGGGAGGCGCUGCAGCGCGCGGAGGAGGAGGAGGAGCGGGGCCCCGCCCGGCCCGAGGAGCCCCCGCAGACCGCCGGCACCGCCGCUGUGGCCAAAGACCCGCUGAUCGCCCCGGACGACCCGCCGCCGGGCUGUGGGCGGAGCCUGCUGCGGGCGCUGGGGCGGCGGCGCAACGCUUACCGCGCGUACGCCCGCUCCACGGGCCGCUUCCUGCGGGACCGCGUCUUCGCCGCGCUCUGCGUCGCGCUCUUCCUGUUCACGCUGGGCGCCUUCCCGCCCGUGCUCUUCAUGGAGGACGUGGCGCAGAGCGAGGGCCUGGUGGACGGCGUCGGCGCCCUGCCGCUGGUGUCCAUCGUGGCCGUCGCCACGGCCCCCGGGAAGCUGGCGCUGGGCGCCAUGGCGGACCUGCGCUGGGUGAACAGCGCCCACCUGUACGCCUUCACCAUGGCGGCCACCGGCCUAGCGCUGCUGCUCAUCCCCGCCUCCGGGAGCUACGCCGCCCUGCAGGUGCUCUCCGCCGUGGUGGGCUUCUUCUCCGGGAACUGGUCCAUCACGCCCUACAUCACCACCAGGCUCGUGGGCAUCGACCGGCUGCCCGAGGCCUACGGGGUGCUCAUGUUCUUCGGUGGGUUCGGAUACCUGCUGGGGCCACCGGUCAUGGGCUGGUUCUAUGACUGGACUCAGUCCUACGAUGUGGCGUUCUACUUCAGCGGGGGCUGCGUGCUCCUGGGGGGUCUCUUCCUCUUUCUGUCUGCUCUGCCUUGCUGGGAAAGGACGCAGAGAGAGAAGGCCAGGCCCGAAAUCCAGCGCGCCAGCAACUGUGACAAAAUGGCAUCUGUGGCGUAAGCCACAGUGAACGUUCACCCGAUGAACUGCUCUACCCUCGCGACCAGCUGCUUUUCUGGUUUUGUUUUUGCACAUUUCUUGUGACCAAUGUGGCUGAGUGUUUUUUUUGCAACAAUUGUAAAUUGUAAAACAAAUAGUUAAAAUAAUAAAAUUAAAUUGAUAAAUACUUGGAUAUUUAUUAUUGAGAAAAAUGUUCCCCUGUUGAAAUUGGUUGAGUUUAAUUGUUUUAAUUCAUACAAUAGACUGGAUUAUUUCUUCAGAGUUUUUAGUAUUACAUAUUAUUAUGGCCUGGUUUAAUAGGCUGUAAUAUAACAAGACUGUUUCAAUAGGCCUUAAUAUCAGCUUAAGUUCACUACGUCAAUGCCAUCCGCUGUCAUUCGCAUAAACACAAAAGGCCUUGUUUUCAGUAGUGAUAAAGAUUUCAAUGUGUCUUACUACUGAUUUUCUUGUGUCAAAAACAAGGAAACAUACGUACGUCCAAUGCUUGGGGCUUUGUUGAGAGAGACCCAUGACUAAAUUUUAAAAAUCCCUAAUGAUGCUGCCAUUUAUUUAUAAUUAUCAUUUCGUGGCAUUUUGAUCCAAUGUGGAUCUUUGCCAGAUCAAUCAAAAUUGGCAGCAUACAGUUUUUAAAAUAUUUUAUAUAUAUUUAAUGAUUUUAUAAAAUCCCUUGCACAUGAAUUGGUGUGGAAAAAUACUGAUGGAAAUAGAUGCAGGAAUGUGAAUUCAUUUAGCUGCACAAUAUUAUUUUUCUUCUUUGUGUUUUUGUUCUUGUUCAUUUGUAGCAUUUCCAGAUGUCCUCUUGUAAUUUUCACUGUGAAGUUGCACAUAAUGAGUAAAUCUGCCUUAUCUUACAGAGCAAGUACUCAAAGGUGCCAUUUACAGGGCAAAUCACACUAAGUAGUCAGAUUUUUCUGUUGUUAGUUUUGUAAUAUGAAUGUGGUCCACUGUGUUACUGCACGUCUGUCCGGUCUUGCAUGGCACAUGCUUGCUGUUGAAGUCCAUGAAGCUGGGCCUGUUAUUUUCUGUUUUUUUAUUUUUAUUUUUUUAUACAAUAUGUUUGAUAAACAGUCAUCAGUUCUACCUUUAGCAUGCAUGGAGCUGGGUUAUAGCUACUCAGUAUUAUCUGGAGUUAUUUUUCCUUGUUCUCAAAUGCUGGAAUGUGACUUUAUUCCAGGUAUUGUGUGUAUGUAUUUGAGAUAUUCACAAAAUGUAAAUUAAAUAUGUACAGGAAAAGCUGAUUUAUACUCCAAAAAAUCCUAAAUAUUGUAGAUGCUGUCAGAAUUUAUUUUCCGAACCUCUAACACAGUCUUAACCUUUAGAAGGUCAGUGCUGUUCAAUCAGUGUUUGCAAUAGUGUACAGACACAAUCGCUUCUUAACUUUUGCUAGAAUGUUCAUUUACUUAAUCUGUAUUAAUAGUAACUUUUGGGAUGGCACAAUAUUUUUAUUUUUAUUGAAAUAUUAAUGGAUUAAAUAUUGAAGGACAUUCAUAAUGUAGCCAUUCUUAACAGAUAAAUAAAAUUGUUUUUUUUUUGUUUUUAUUUUACAAAGGAAUAUUAAUGGUACAUUAUUGCGUGCAUGGCAUAUAGUCACAAAUGGUUUAAUGGAUUGAAUGGUUUAACGUAAUGUUAACGUUCCAAGUUAGAAUUAUAAUGUUUUAAGACUUUUAUGAUCAAUAAAGUGUUUUAUAUAAAAAUUCAAAAUGCCUUUUUUUUGUACAGAUGGAUGGGAAGUCACGUAUAUAAUGCAGCUGUGGUGAAAUAUAUGAAUUAUGUGUUUUAAGAAUUUUACGAUCAAUAAAGUAUUUUCAUGGAAAAUGGCAAAAUACAUAAGACUAUAGUCUUAUGUCCAAAUGAGGUCAAAAGUGGCAACUAUUCACAAAUGCCUAUUUUUUGAUACUGAGGGAUUGGAAAUCAUAUUUAUAAUACACCUGUGGUGAAAUAAAUUAAUUAUAAUGUGUUUUAAGACUUUUAUGAUCAAUAAAGUGUUUUUAUGGAAAAAUUCAAAA